AUGGAGCAGGAACAAACUACUACGGAGCAAGGUAUUGAGAUUGAGGUGACCCCAACUAUAGAGCAAGAUGCUGAGUUUCAGACAUCCCAAACUUUGCAGCAAUCCAGCCUACCUUUGGCAAAAAGAAAACAGGAUCGGAAACGCAGGCCACCUAAAAAGUAUACACCUUCUAGGUCCACGCCGCCAUCGCCGGAGGAGUAA